AUGCCUCCAAAACGCGGAACAAAGAAAAAGGCACAGGCUGCGAAAGUGGAAGUUCCAGUCGACGAGGAGAUGCAAGAUGUUGAAUCCAGUACGCAGCCGGAGAAGGAGAUGAGCCAGCCUCCUACGACGGCAGUGGCAGCUGAAGAAAGUGCAAACGAGGAGUCUGUUGCCUCUGGUGCUGAAGGGCCAUCCGCAAAGAAGUUGGUGUUGACACCACAAGAACGGGCUGCAAAGCUUGAAGCACUACGGGAGCGCAUGCGUGCGUCUGCGAUCGCCAACAGACGCGAUCUCAUUGAGGAGAGCAAUAGAGCAAAGCACAACGCAAAGGAGCUCGCUCGUCUAGAAAGAAAGCGAAAGCUUGCUGAAACACUUCGAGAAAAGAUUGAGGCGCAGGAAACCGGUGAAGAUCUCGAACGCAAACGAAACUGGGAAUACAGCAUCGAAGAGGAUCAGAAUUGGGCUGAGAAGAUGGAAAAGAAGGCGAGGAAUGCCGACUUUGAGUUCCAUGACUAUGACUCUACGGCGCACCGUAAAUAUGAAAAGGACCUCGACCUCCUGCGACCGGAUCUCAUAACCUACAAUCAUGACAAGGAGCGAGCACUCGGCCUCGAACCGGGAACGCUGGUCACAGUCGACGAGACUGGUAGAGCAGUCUUGACCGCAGCCGCUCUGGAUCGUGGUACAAUGACAUCCGGCGCAUCUGCCAGUGGGACGAAUGCCGAAGUCCUGUACCGCGACGCAAACAGCCUUAGCUAUGCGGACAACAAACCUAGCGAAGAAGCAAUCGACCGCGUGGUCAACAAGCUCAAUAACGAUCUCGACAAACGCGGCAAAUGGUCAAGGAAGCGCGCUAAUGAAGACGAGGGAGAUGUCACCUACAUCAACCAACGAAACAAAGUCUUCAACAAAAAGAUUGCGCGUUUCUACGACAAAUACACAACCGAGAUACGGGACAGCUUUGAGCGUGGAACUGCCGUCUAA